AUGAGCGUCACCAAAAUCAUCCGAUCUAACGACAUCCCAGGCACAUACAUCUCCUACAAACAGACCGACAUCUGUGAGACAACUCCAGGAGUCAAGUCCUACAGCGGUUAUAUUCAUUUCGCCCCUAGUGCGCUGCAAGGUGUCCAAGGUGUGGGACUGUACAACAUCAGCACAUUCUUCUGGUUCUUCGAAGCACGUACCAACCCUCGAACGGCACCCCUAGCUGUAUAUCUCGCUGGUGGUCCUGGAGAGGCCUCCACUGCUGCUACCGUUAUGGAGAAUGGGCCUUGCUACGUCGGUGACGAUUCCAAUACCACCUAUGUCAAUCCUUGGUCCUUUAACAAUUUCGCCAACAUGUUGUAUAUCGACCAGCCCGUGCAAGCCGGCUAUUCGUACGAUACACUUGUCAAUGGGACAUGGGACCUUCUCACGAAUCAAACUACGCCCAUGGAUACCACGGAGCCGAAUUCGACCCUCUUGGCUGGAACGUUCCCAAGUCAGAACAUUAAUUUUACAGCCAACACCACUGCAAUCGGCGCUCGUACACUUUGGAUAUUCGUUCAAACCUGGCUGUCCGAAUUUCCAGAUUACACUCGCAACAAGUCCACCAGCAUCAGUUUCUGGGGGAACUCCUACGGCGGCUUCUAUGUUCCCAGAUAUGCAGCCCACUUUCUCAGCCAGAAUCAGAAGAUAAAGGAUGGGACUAUUCAACGCCGCACAAUUGACGUCGAUACUAUUGGUCUUACGAAUGGGUGUGUUGACGCAUUGAUCCAGGCACCGUUUUACCCCAUCUAUGCUGUCAACAACACCUAUAACAUCGAGACCAUACCCCCCGCUAUUGCAGCAGAGGCUAUAAACAACUACACAAAGUCCGGUGGGUGUGCUGAUCAGAUUCUCCAAUGCCGUAAGCUUGGUGCUGAAAGCGAUCCGUAUGAACUCGGCAUCAACGAAACUGUCAAUACUGUCUGCGCCAAUGCCUAUGCAUACUGCUUCAAUAACGUCCUGGGCGCCUACGUGAUUUCCAAGCGGAGCGCAUAUGAUAUUUCCGCUUUACUGCCCGUCGCUAUCCCGCCCCUCUCGGUUCCCGGUUUCUUCAACCAGGACUGGGUUCAAACCGCCCUCGGCGCACCGCUGAAUUGGACGUACAACUCUGCCGCUGUGCGGUUGAACUUCCAGUCCAUCACCGGCGAUCCUGUGCGCCGUAAUAUAGGAGAUCUGAAUGAUCUCCUGCAGAACGGCGUCAAUGUCGCGCUCAUAUAUGGGGACAGGGAUUUUAUGUGCAAUUGGGUGGGCGUCGAGAAUGUGUCACUCCAAUUAGACUGGGCGGGAAAGGAGAACUUCGUGGGUGCGGGAUAUACCAAUAUUUCCGUCAACGCUUCCUUUAUUGGUGGUGUGGUGCGGCAAACGAACGGUCUGAGCUUCUCGCACAUCUUCCAGGCUGGUCACUCGGUCUCGUUCUGGCAGCCUGAAACGGUAUCGAAGAUCUUUGACCGGGCGAUGCUGCACAAGAACGUCGCGACGGGAGAAGUUGACGAUGGAUACAUUGGUGCAUACAAGAGUAAGGGACCGGCAUCAAGUUUGAGCAUCAGAGAGACUCUGCCGGAGAGUGAUGUGUGGGGCGCAUCGGAUAGCUGUACAAAAGAACAGCUGGCAGCAUUGGCUAAUGGGACAGCGGUUGUCCAGGACUUCGUGGUUGUGGAGCCAAAAGGGGUGAGAUGA